AUGGUGAUAUCAUCAGCCAUUCUCAACUUUACAUACACCAUCAAAUCAACUCCAACACCACUCAAAGAUCUUCCCUACAUCAAUAUUUACAGUUCCUAUGUCGAAGAUCCAGAAUGGAGUAAUCGUCAAACAUUGAUGACAUCACUCUCAACCAACUCACAAUCGUUUGAAUUUACAACAGGACAUUACUUCCCAUUCCACAACCCAACAGCCAUUGUAUCAGGUAUCAAUGCACUCGCCAACAAGAUUAAAUCAAAUCCUGCUCAAUUUUGGGGUACUGCAUUAUUCUAA